CCGAUAAAGAACGCAUUGAGAGCAACAGAGGCAAAGCAAGUCUACAGACGGAGAUAAGGUCUGGAUAUAAAUGCUCAAUCCACUGGCUGAGGAAUAAUAACUACAGCAAAAGACAGGAGGAUACAGAGAAAGCGGGAAGCAGAGAGAAGAUGGAUGUACAAAUGGACAACAUGGACCCCCCGCCUUGUGAAUCCCAGUCGAGUGGAAAAAUCAGAAAAGGAUUCAAGCUGUUUGGCAAACGCAAGCCAGGUAACAUAUUUUCUAUUCGAAGCAAAGGGGAUGGAAAUAACAAGUCACCUGUUAACAGGAGCAAAACCUUAGAUGGAUUAUCAGAGUCCGCUGCACCAGAUUCGGAGCAGGAUCCAGACAAGGAGAAGGGGCAGGAGAUGAGUCAAGGAGAGAGGGAGCAGGCAGAUGAGGAGCCGCUUGGCGAAGAUGGCGUAUUGGCUGCCACCCCUGCUCGUACCUCCAUUUCUUCAGUCAGCUCAGCCAAGUCCCUCAGCUUCCUGUCGUUACUGAGGGGUGGUCGGAGAGGAAUGGGGGACCGCCGAGUCCACACCGUGUCCCAGCCAGUGGGUCGGCAACGCCGGGGGCUGAAGGGUCUCUUUGGCAAUGUUAAGUUCCGGUCAAAAGAUAAAGAGGACAAGGAGGAAGCCCCUCCAAGCCCACUUCUAAUGUCGUCUCGAGCCAAUAGUGUGGAAAUCAUCAAAGAGGACCUCACACUCACCCCCAAAUCCCAGCCUCGUUCUCUGGACAGCUCAGAGACUGAGAGCUGUGAGCCCCUCAAGAGCACAGAAAAAACAACACAGGACAGUGCAGCCACGACUCCAUCAGACACCAUAACUCCCCAGUUGACAGCAGGCAAUGUGAGUAAAACUAAUGAGCAUGUGCCGCCUUUACCCUCCUCUAAACCACCCUUGGUACCUGGUGAUAACAGCCUGAGCACCUUGCUGGCAGACAUCUCCUCUCUCCUGACCUUUGACUCAAUCUCAGGGGGUGGAGACAUCAUGGCUGAUGUGGAGGCAGAGUGGGGAAAAGCCUACAGUGCCAUCAGUGCUAUGGUGACUGAAGUCACGCCAUCAUCCACAUCUCUCUUCUCCAAACCCACCAUCUCCUCUCCGCUGACUUCUACCUCUGUCAGCACUGCUGCUAUGGCAAAACCCUCUCCUAUAGCCGUCCCCACAACAGCCCCAACCCAAUCCUUUACUGCUCUGACAAAGACAACUUCAACCUCGUCCCCCAUUGCCAAGCCAAGUACAAUCAUCACAACCCUGACUAAAUCUUCCACUUUGACUACUCAUUCAGUCAAAAUGAGCUCAGACUCUACUCAACCCUCUGAGCCUUCUACCAGCAUUAAAAUGAAAUCAUCUCCUACGCCCAUGCCAACAAAACCCUCAACUGCCCAUGUAACAUUAACAAGCCUUUCAGCUCCAGUAAUGUCUUCCCCUUCAAUAACAGUUAAAUCCACACUGAGCUCCACCUCUACAACCACCACAGCUCCUCCGAACACCCCGGCGACUGUAGUCAAGGCUCCCUCAGUUAGUCCAACUCUUACUUCUACAGUCAGCAAAUUGGCUUCACAGAUUGCAGCGCCUCCUCAAAUUAUUGCUCCAGUAAGUAAAACUAGCCCUGUUGCUUCUCCUUCUCCUGCGUCAGCUAAACCUCCACCAGUAACCCAUAGCCCUCCCGCCACUGUUGCUUUUACCCAACCUCCACCUGCUAAAUUAGAUUCAGCUAGCAGUAUGAAUCUGCAAACUUCCACUUCUUACAAACCUUCGCUACUUUCUACUGCAGGAGAAUCUAAAGCCCCAGUGACAGUAUCAGUGGCCUGCACCAAACCCCCCCCUCCUGCACCGGUUAUCUCCUCUAAGGUCACAACAUUUCCCACAUCAACUAUAACCUCAUGCUCAGCAUCUGUGGCCCUUUCCAAGCCUAUACUCGCAUCUAGCCCGAUGGACUUAAAUAAAACCCCUCCUUCCAUCGUAACUGUUCCACAUCUUUGUCCUUCCUCUACCACGACUGCCACAACUAAACCCCAACCCAGCACUGCAUCAGUCCCUACUCCAUCUUUAACUUCUUUAGAUAAGAUUCCUCCCAUGACUAAACCCACUCCUGCGCCACUCUCUUUAGAUAAGAUGCCCCCUGAUCCCAUGCUGACCCCAGCCCCUACCACUUAUGCUGGUGUUUCUACAGCAUUCGCAACACCUCCUGCUCUGGGUAAGAUCCCAGUCUCUCAAUCUAAAGUCCCUCCUGCUCCUGAUCAGAUUCCAGUUUCUGUAUCUAAAGAUCUGCUUGCUCCUGUUCAAAUGCAAGUUUCUCAGUCUAAACCCCCUGCUACCCCUGCUCAAAUCCCAAUUUCUGUAUCUAAAGAUCUGCCUGCUCCUGUUCAAAUGCAUGUUUCUCAAUCUAAACCCCCUGCUACCCCUGCUCAAAUCCCAAUUUCGGCAUCAAAAGAUCCCCCUGCUCCUGCUCAUUUUCAAGUUUCUCAGUCUAAGCCCCUUCCUGCCCCUGUUCAGACCCUAGUUUCUGUACCUAAAGACCCUCCUGCCCCGGCUCAGAUACCAGUUUCUGUAUCGAAAGACUUUCCUGCUCCGAUCCCAGUUUUUCAAUCUAAAGCCUCUCCUGCAUCUACCCCUACCUCUUGCUCUGUCACUUCUCUUCCUUCUACCCCUGCCCCUUGUCCGAGUGAGGCCCCAGCCUCUGCUAAGAUGAGAGCCAGUGGACAGGCAUCAUUGGAUGGGCAACUGGCUAGUCUUAGUAGCAUAGACAGCACCCAGACCGUGCUGUCCAAAACAGAGGAAAUGCAUAAUGUAUCACGAGCAAGCGUCCAGGGACCCUCCAGAGAAAGGAAGAUACCACAAUUAAAGGCAUCAGGACUUAGCAAAAUACCUGUAGUUGGAGGGGGCAAAGCAGGCAAACUCCCUGUCCGGGACGGUCAACAUGCUGAUGAUGAAGCAAACAGGGAUCCGCCUACUCCUGUGCUAGAGGAAGAGAGGCCCCAUUUCAACUCACAUGAUUCAGGGAGCAAAUAUAAAAUCAGUGAUGUUGGGGCUAAUGUGCCCACCUCAAAACACACCCAGGAGGAGAGUCAGCAGCCUCCACAGCCGAAAGUCCUCACCAGUUUACCGCGUGACUCAAAGAUCCCCGUUAAGCAUGGUGCACAGUCUCACACUGCCUCCCAAAUCCCUCAAGCUAAAGAACCCCUUCGCACCAAGAUACCAGUGUCCAAGGUUCCUGUCCGCAGGGUUGGUAAUAAACCUGGAGCUGCAGGUGGCAGCACCCAGAUAAGAAAGUAAACAGCGGACUGAAUCAAUCAACUAUACAGAUUAUGGCUUUGACUGCAACUUCUUAUCCAAUAUAACUACAUGGCCACCCUUUUUUAAUUCAUAUUUCUAUACUGUAACUCUUGGCUUGUGUCUCUGUCAUCUCUUGGCUUCACUACACCAUAAGCAACAGUAACAGAGUCAAGGAGGCUGACAGCACUCAAGCACAAAACAUCGCCACAGGGAGCCAAAGCAACAAGCCUGGCUCUUUGGUGCUGAGCCAACUGGACACGCACUCAGGAAAGGUUCAGGGUCACACCUGAACACACAGCAGCAUCUGUAACUAUGGAUAAGCAAGAUUAAAGGUCUUCUGGGAACACAGUCACACACACAACACGGGCGAGUGCCUUUUUAAAGGGUGCUUUUCCUACAGACUCAGAAUUUGUUCAGUCUUUUCUACAGUGCUUUUAACUUUUGUUACUCCCACUUUUUGUAGGAACCGUCAAAUCUUUUUGUCUUUCUUUCCAGCAAGUCCUUUGAUAAUAACCAGUCCCUUUACGUUUUAUUUAUGUCAGGAGAAGAACCGCAGGAGCUCUACAGAUAAAUGCAACAACCAAAUUUACAUUCCACACCUAUCUCCGGAUGUAUGUAGCAGAAAACGUGCCAUUAAUUAAUGCACAAGAUGUUGAACUGUACAGCGACUGUGUGUCCGCCUGCUCAUACGUAACAUGAUCAGAUCUCACUGUGAACUAUGGGAGAGAUUGUAACCCUUCCAGUAAAAUGGACAGUGGACAGCAGCCAUUAUGAAUGGCACUGUGGACGUUUGAGCGACAUAGAGAAGAUGCUGCUGAGAUGAGAUCUCCAGCUCGUACACUGGCACAUUCUUAUCCUUACCCCCACUUAUACUCAGAUGAGAACAAUAUCUCUGUGUAUAGUCUCAUCUAUGUUGUUCUGUUUCCUAUUUAAUCAAUAAAACAUAAUGAGUACU